UACACCAUUAACAUCAUAUUUUCACUCCUUAAUCCAAAUCUACUUAGUUCAUCUCUCGUUUUUCAAAAGCAUCUCAAUCAUGGCCGGAGGAAAGUCCAAGAGUAAGGCCUCCAAGAAGAAGACCGUCGCCAAGGCCACGAGCUCUGCGCCUCAACCUUUCCCGUACCUGGACGGAUCCUUCUUGGAGUUCGGGUCGGAAGAGGAACUCUCUCGCUUCAUCACUUACUUUGCCAAGCGCCCGAUCUCUCUGCCCCGCGUGCUCCCGGAGCUGUACCCUCAACAAAAGGGGUACCACGACCUCGACAAUCAACUCAAAGAGUCGGGUCUGUGGCCGUUCGUCUCCAGAAGCCGUCAAUCCUUCAAUCCCGCCUAUGUUCGGGCCUUCUACUCCAAUCUCCGCCGGGACGGGGACACCAUCCGGAGCAGCAUCAAUCUCUAUGACAUAGAG